GGUAGCGAUGGCGGCUCUCUGGGAGACUUCCCUGUCACUGGAUACUACUCCUCCCGGCCCGCCGGCGGCGGCGGCGGCGGCUCCACCCCACCCGCCCCCGCCCCCCCCUCGCCCUUAGUUUACAAGUAGCAAUUUCGCUGGCUGGUGCCGCGGGUCCGGGGCGAGCCGGGGCGCGCGCCGCGGGGCGGGCGGGCGCAGCAAGCACUCCUCGGAGGAGCCCAGCCGCCGGCCCAGGCCACCAUGGGGCUGCGGGAGAGGCUGGCCAAGGAAUGGUUCAUGCUCGGCAUCGUGCUGGUGAUCGUGCUGGCGAAGAUGGAUCCGUCCGUUGGGGCCAAGGGCGGACCACUGAAGCCUGAAGUGACUAUAACCUACAUUGCAGUUUCAGCCAUAUUCUUUAACAGUGGACUGUCACUAAAAACAGAGGAGCUGACUAGUGCUUUGAUGCAUAUAAAAUUACAUCUUUUUGUUCAGAUCUUUACACUUGCAUUCUUCCCAACAACAAUAUGGCUUUUUCUUCAGUUGCUCUCAGUUACACCCAUCAACGAGUGGCUUUUAAAAGGUUUACAAACAGUUGGUUGCAUGCCACCUCCUGUUUCUUCUGCAGUGAUCUUAACCAAAGCUGUUGGUGGCAAUGAGGCAGCAGCUAUAUUUAACUCAGCCUUUGGAAGUUUUUUGGGCAUCAUUGUAACACCACUGCUACUGCUGAUUUUUCUUGGAUCAUCUUCUUCGGUGCCUUUUACCUCUAUAUUUUCCCAGCUUUCUGUGACUGUUGUCGUUCCUCUCAUUAUCGGACAGAUUGUCCGGAGGUACAUCAAGGAUUGGCUCGAAAGGAAGAAGCCUCCAUUUGGGACGAUCAGCAGCUGUGUUCUACUCACAAUCAUCUACACGACCUUUUGCGACACUUUCUCCAAUACCAAUAUUGACCUGGAUGGCCUCAGCCUUCUCAUAAUUUUGUUCAUAAUAUUUUCUGUUCAACUGAGCUUUAUGUUUUUAACAUUCUUCUUUUCCACAAGGAAUAAUUUGGGCUUCACACCAGCAGAUACUGUUGCUAUCAUCUUCUGCUCCACACACAAAUCCCUCACACUGGGAAUUCCAAUGCUAAAGAUCGUGUUUGCCGGCCAUGAACACCUCUCUUUAAUAUCUGUGCCCUUGCUUAUCUACCACCCAGCGCAGAUCCUGCUGGGCAGUCUGUUAGUGCCAACGAUCAAGUCUUGGAUGGUGUCAAGACAGAAGGGCGUGAAGCUGACGAGGCCAAUAGUGUAACACUAUGGGGGCCCCUCGAGGCACAGAUGUGUAUAUAUGUACAACACUGUACAAUUACACCGUUUGGAAGACCUGCCAACAGUAUAACACUAGUGGGGACCCUUGAGUCACAAAUGUGUAUAUAUGUACAAUACUGUACAAUCACGCCGUUCAGAAGACCUGUAUUUGUGGAUGUUGCUUCGAUGCAUAUUUUAUUUUUUUAUAUAAAAAAAGAUAGAUCUAUUUAAGUGCCUUAAAACGCAUUUGGCCAGAGCAUUGUUUCCAGAACCUACCUUGUGGUGACCAGCACAGGUUGUACAGUAUUUCGGAGCUGUUUAUUUUUCUAACUCAGUGAAUAGUCAUCCCAGUUAAGAAGCAAACCUUGGAUUCCCUUUCACCGUUUUCUGUGUAACUACAGUGCUGUGGCAGACACAAGCCUAAUGCAAAGAAGGUCCAAAGACCAAGAAAAUACCCUUCUGCCGACAAACUUUAGGGAGGUCAUUUCCAAAGUUUUCCCUUGAAUACUUUGACUGUGUGUGUGUGUGUGUGUGUGUGUGUGUGUGUGUGUGUCUCCUUUAUUCUAAAACUGUGACAUGCCUCUUUCUUCUCUGUUUGUGUGUGCUCAGCAUGGGGCCAGAGAUUAGAUGGAUGGAUGCUAGAAAAGCAGAAAAUAUUUGCAUUCAUUGACAUAGUUUUCUAGACAUUCCUUCAAAUUAAGAGUGUCCUGAAGAUAAUUCUUUCAAUUCCAUUGUAUGAGAUGGUGGCACUUUUCUGUCUUAAGUGCAUCAUAGGCUGUUUCAAAGGUGCUGAUGUUUGAGUUAUAAAUAAAGUUUGGGGGAGGGGGCAGGGGAGACUUCUAUUUUCAUCAUUAUUAUUCCCCUUUCCCCCACUUCACUCCUUCCCUGUUUGUUCACAUGGUACCUGCAAAUCUUCCUUAGGCAGGUAAGAGGGGCAGAUGUCAGGAGGGCAGAAGUCUCCCCAUCCUGAGAACAGCGGCAAUGAAGGACUGCCCAGAGCCACAUUCCACACCUGAGACCAACACUCUCUAUUUGUACUGUUACACAAAAGCCCGAGCUGCUUGCCUUUUACGCUCUCAUAGCCUAUUACAUUUGAGGAAUCAGCAGCAGAUGCGGCAGCCUUUAGUAACAUGUCUCUAAGAAGUUAAAAGUCACAGAGGGCAGCCUGGCCGGAGAAUUGCAAACACGGAGCGUUGUUUAUGGUCACCGACAUCAAGUGAAUGGACUUGUCCCAAAAUGGACAUCCAGACACAAACCCAGCAUUGGCCCUGUGUGUGUUUCUCUUACAGAUUUGCAGCACUGAGCUUUAAUAAGGGGGCAAGACAUAGAAAUAAGAUCACGGUGAUUGGCAAGGCUUCUGAUUCUCAUUUCGGUCAUCUUCUUCUAAGUUUCCCAUGCAGCUUUCUGUCUGUAUCUUCUCUUCCUUGGCUUAAUGUAAAAUGAUGGCAUUUUUGGUUCAGAUGGGAAAAGUCCUGAGGCAGAAACAGUGGUGAUGACUCUGGUGCCUUGGUUUGAUUCCAUAGUAGCACAGACGAGUCACUCCUGGGGGUUCUUGAUGACUUUGUCCAGGCUAAAUCUAUAUUGCUACUACUGCUGGGCUUCUUAUGGCAUCUCCUUUUUGAUGGCUUUUCAGGUUAUUAACUUCAGACCUUACGGACUGAUCCCAAGGAUGAAUGGGAAGGCUGGUUUGUACUAGCAUCUCCCUAAAGUACCACCUUACUGGGGACCCCCAUUGGAGCCUGUGUUCGGCUGAUCUUUUGCAAGGUGUUUUUCCUGAUGUUUGCAAACAUGGAUGUAGGGAAAUGUUAGCUAGAAGCAGUGGGGGUGGAGGUGGGGGAAGGGUUAUUUUUCUGCUUGGUCCCUCUGUGUGGACCUGUUCAAAUUUCAUUAUAACCAAAGGGCAAAAAAUGUAGAUUUAUCCGGUCUCCUGGUCUAUCAUUACAAACAAGUAUGAGCUUACAUAGUUCUUUGUCCCUGGUCUGUGUACACUGCUUCCCCCCUCGUUCCCAACUGAUCUACCUCUGUUACUGACUCUCACACCUACAGCAGGUGUGUGAUUAUGGGUGAAAACAAAAUCCAGUUAUAAACACUCUUACCCAGUUUUAUCGUCUAAUUUAGAAAACAUCUCGUGCCCCUCCUACCUUUCCCCCAACCCUGCCCAGUGUCUAAGUUUAUACUUAAUAAUAUUGUAAGUAUUAUUGUGGAUGACUUCAGAGUAAUCCGGAUAGAAUGUGUUUAUACCCUUAUUUUUAUGCAGACAUGGUAGCAUAUUGUUCCAAAAGGGACAUAAAGCAAAAUUGAAAUUCAUUUUUAAUUCCCCUUUAUUGGGACUUAAUUAUUUCUAUCCAAAAUAUUCCAUUGGAUUGAUAGACUGCUAAACUGUUCAUUUUAUGCCUUUAUUUUUGGUUAAAUGUAUUUAUGAAAAGAAACAUAGCCAAUGUUACUUACGUCGAUGUGACUUUGUGUUCAUCUGGAUAACCUCAGUUCUGUUGGUUUCCCAGUUUGGAUGCUUUUGCCAGAUGAUGAUGUGGAUCUUGCCGUGUGUUUCAGAAACUUCUUUAUUGGUGUAAGCAAGUUUUUUAAAUCUG